GCCUCGCUCUACAGAACAUCCGACGCCCCAACCCAAGCCCUCUCUCCCCACCGCCACCACCACCACCACCACUCCGGUGUGCGAGCCAGCCCCAGCCUCCGCCCGGCGCACGACCCUCGGCUCUCUCGCGGAGAGGACGCACGGGCUCCCGAAACCCUGGCCCGAUCCCGUAGAACCCCCCCCUAGACGCGGAGGCCCUGACGCGGGGGAGUGAGAGAGCGGGAGCGGGGGGAGGACGAAGGCGCGGGGAGGCGGCGGCCUGUGCUGUAUGUCAGAUCGUGGGAUCCGGCGAGGCGGAGACGGCGGAGGAGACUACGGACACGGUCAGCUCGCGAACCCGCUCCAAUGGCCUCAGCUCAGGAAAAGGCGGCGCUCUGCUGCGGGGGCCCCGCGCGCUCCGCGGCCCAGCCCACUACCGCCAAGGCCUCCUCUAAAGGGAUACCCAUAAUGACGAGAGCUCAAAGAUUCCACCCUUUGGACCCAUUAUCUGCUGCCGAAAUUGCAGUGGCUGUUGCAACUGUAAGAGCCGCUGGAAAAUCUCCUGAGGAACGUGACAGCAUGCGUUUUGUUGAAGCUGUGCUACUGGAACCAGAAAAGAAUGUUGUAGCAUUAGCCGAUGCCUACUUUUUCCCGCCGUUCCAACCAUCACUGCUCCCUAGAACCAAAGGCUCUGCCGUCAUUCCGAGCAGGUUACCUCCCAGGAGGGCUAAGCUUGUUGUCUACAAUAGACAUUCAAAUGAGACUACCAUUUGGAUAGUAGAACUAUCUGAAGUGCAUGCAGCUACUAGAGGUGGACAUCACAGAGGGAAGGUGAUAUCAUCUGAAGUUGUUCCAGAUGUACAGCCUGCAAUGGAUGCUAUGGAAUAUGCUGAGUGUGAAGCUACUGUCAAAAAUUAUCCUCCAUUUGUUGAAGCUAUGAAGAAAAGAGGUGUGGACGACAUGGAACUUGUCAUGGUAGAUGCCUGGUGUGCUGGCUACUACAGUGAUGCUGAUGCUCCCAGUCGCAGACUUGCCAGGCCUCUAAUCUUUUGCCGAACUGAGAGUGAUAGUCCCAUGGAGAAUGGUUAUGCUCGUCCUGUGGAAGGGAUCCAUGUUGUUGUUGAUAUGCAGAAUAAUAUUGUCAUAGAGUUUGAAGACAGGAAGUUUGUUCCACUGCCCCCACCAGAUCAUUUGAGAAACUACACUCCUGGAGAAACUAGAGGUGGUGUUGAUCGAAGUGAUGUGAAACCUCUUAUUAUCAAUCAGCCUGAGGGCCCAAGCUUCCGUAUUAAUGGCUAUUUUGUGGAAUGGCAGAAGUGGAAUUUCCGUAUUGGCUUCACCCCUAAAGAGGGUUUGGUCAUCUACUCUGUUGCAUAUGUUGAUGGUAGCCGUGGACGUAGACCUAUAGCUCAUAGGCUGAGCUUUGUUGAGAUGGUUGUUCCUUAUGGAGACCCAAGUGAACCACAUUAUCGCAAAAAUGCUUUCGAUGCUGGAGAAGAUGGACUUGGCAAAAAUGCUCAUUCUCUUAAGAAGGGGUGUGAUUGCUUGGGUUACAUCAAGUAUUUUGAUGCACACUUCACGAACUUUACCGGUCAUGUGGAGACAAUUGAGAACUGUGUGUGUCUCCACGAGGAGGACCAUGGAAUCCUUUGGAAACACCAAGAUUGGAGAACUGGUUUAGCAGAAGUUAGGCGAUCAAGGAGGCUCACGGUGUCGUUUAUCUGCACAGUUGCCAACUAUGAAUAUGGUUUUUACUGGCACUUUUAUCAGGAUGGUAAGAUAGAAGCUGAAGUAAAACUUACUGGAAUUCUGAGUUUGGGAGCUCUGAUGCCUGGGGAAUCAAGGAAAUAUGGUACAACUAUUGCUCCUAGUCUGUAUGCACCUGUCCACCAGCAUUUCUUUGUUGCCCGUAUGGACAUGGCUGUUGAUUGCAAACCUAACGAAGCUCAUAAUCAGGUGGUUGAAGUGAAUGUCAAAGUCGAAAGUGCAGGCACAAAUAAUGUGCACAACAAUGCUUUCUAUGCUGAAGAAAAAAUACUGAAAUCCGAGUUGCAAGCAAUGAGAGAUUGUGACCCUUCAUCUGCGCGACAUUGGAUUGUUAGGAACACAAGGGCUGUAAAUCGUACCGGACAACCAACUGGUUUCAGACUCGUGCCUGGUUCAAACUGUUUGCCAUUUGCUCUGCCCGAGGCAAAGUUUCUUCGAAGAGCAGGGUUCCUAAAGCACAAUCUUUGGGUGACACCAUACAAGAGCGAUGAGAAGUUUCCUGGAGGGGAGUUCCCCAACCAGAAUCCACGUCUUCACGAGGGUUUGGCUACUUGGGUGAAGAAGGAUAGACCCUUGGAGGAAACUGACAUCGUCCUCUGGUAUGUAUUUGGGCUCACCCACAUCCCAAGGCUUGAAGACUGGCCGGUCAUGCCGGUGGAACGCAUCGGCUUCAUGCUCAUGCCACAUGGAUUCUUCAACUGCUCGCCUGCUGUUGACGUGCCUCCUGGCACUUCUGAUGCCGCCGAUGUCAAGGAAGCAGAGUCGCCUAAAGCCAUCCAGAACGGCAGCCUUGUUUCCAAGCUCUGAAGCUUCGCGGCUCCUCAAAAGAACAAGCUGGCAAUAAAAGUUAUCUUCUCGUGGUCUGUUUCGUUUUCUGUAAUAUGUUUGUUUUGCUGCUCUGAAUGAUUGUGAAUGUUAAGCUGCACUAGUAGCAUCUAAUAAUGUCUGGACUGGCAUAAUGCCUGUAUAAAUAGAAGUGUGUUGCCUUUUGGGGGCAAUGGUUGCCAUGUCA